GAUUAUGAUAUUGGUUGCAGGGUUGGGGUCAAUUCCAUUUAAAUUCCAGUCAAUUCAGAAAGUAAACCGAAUUCCAAUUCCAAUUAAUCAAUUUCCUCAUUGAAAAGCACUGACAAAAAUAUUCAUGCACUUUUCUCUCGCAUUUCAGUACAAAACACACAAAAUUGAGAAUCGAAAAACUGGAAUCUAUUACCCGUUUGUCUUCAAUGAUGUCAUGGGUUUUGAGAAACAGAGUGGCAAAGGAGUGAAUGAAGAUGACCUCAUCAAAGCACUGACAGGACAUGUAAAAGAGGGUCACAAGGUAAAAUAUCUCCAACACAACAGCACUGCAUGCUCAUUAGUAUGUGAAAGAGAUUUUGUGAGGGAAUUAUUAAAUUCCUGCCAUUGUUUACAUGCUGGAACUCAAUAUGAACUCACAAUGAUGUCUUGUUCUUGUACUUUGUCUAAUUCUGUCUAGUUCAAUCCGAUUCAUCCACUGACCGAAGGCGAUUUGGGCUACAAUAAAUCCCCCAGUCCAAGUGACAGAGCCCACUGCCUGGUCAGUCUGAUUCCAGCAGAUAAGAUUGCGCUCAUGGAUGAUGAUGUCAUCAAGAAGAUGAGGGCCAUUAGAGUAAAGGCCAGUGAAUUGGGUAAGUGGAGAAAUACAUUAUUGAGCACUAUUACUGUAGUCACCGAUAUUUAAGAUAAAAUAUAUACUGUAGCGACCCUGGUUUAUAAGCGCGGAUAUCGACUCUGCCACUUGAGCAUGCUUUCUUGGCAGAGUCGAUGGCACGCUGGGCUUCUGGCCAGAAGGUUGAGGGUUCAAGCCGCACUCACUGCCUGUUUUAUUACAUUGGUGUCGGAUGUGAUCGGACCUCGCAUCCACGACAGUACGUAAGCUUGGCCAGUGAGCGCGUUCCUGGAAGACGUGUCCUGUGAGGUCUAGCGCGAGGAUGCGCUCUUUGAAAGGAGGGAGUUAUGUAGUGACCCUGGAUUAUAAACACAGAUAUCGACUCUUCUACUUGAGCACGCUUUUGUGGCAGAGUCGAUGGCACGCUGGGCUUCGGGCCAGAAGGUUUAAGGUUUCAGCCGCACUCCUUGCCUGUUUCAUUACAAUACUUUAUUGUCCUUUGUGCUCACAACCCAACCCCCUGAGACACACACACUCACACACACCCCAAUGGUCUAGAAGCAAUGGGUCAGUCACAGUACACAUAGGCAAAUACUUAUUAGAGACUCUUUUUCAGGAAUUCCCCAAAUGGUCAUCCUCACCAGGGCUGAUAUGGCUUGUCCAUUGGUGAAAGACAACUUGAGAAAUAUGUAUCUAAGCAAGUAUAUCAAGGAGAAGGUGAGACACUUUCUUGAACUUAAUAGGGUCAUAAUACUCCCAAAGUUAAAGGGAAAGUUCUGUAUUUUACAACUUUUACAACUUUUGUAACAGGCACCUGCAUGCCCCUACCACUCCAAUUGAUUUUUAGCUAGCGGUGGUAUGAGUUAACUGAAGCUUGUAGUGGCUGUUUAAAGAAAACCAAUGGAUUACAGUUCCUCCUUGCCCAUAAACUACUAAGGUUGAGGAACCAUCUACCUUAUGUUGUAAAAUACUGAACUUCCCCUUUAACUCACAUUGUAUGGUGAGCUGAAAUGUACAUGACUCAUAUUCAUUAUUUGAUCUCAAAUUCAAGUGACAAUAGAUUCUAGCAACAACAAAAACAAUUACAUCACUAUCCAAACAUUGACAACACAGUCCCAAUACUUUUGGAAGGCACGUGUGUAUGUGUAUAUUAAACUAAUUUUAUGUUUUUGUUGAAGAUGGAGAAAUGCAGUAUAAGGCUGGGUGUCCCAGUGAACUGCAUCCUUCCUGUGAGGAACUACCAUGAGGAAAUCGACUUGGACAACGAGAUGGAUGUGAUGCUAUUGAGAGCACUGAAGCAGAUGGUCAACUUUGGAGACGAUUUCCUAAAGGAGAUGGAACAAUCUUAAACAAAACUUGUGCCUAAGCUAUCGACACCAUCUGUGUGCAGCAUGCCCGACAUAGUAUAACAUGUAUUGUGGUCUCAGCCAUAGUUGAAAAUGGCAGAAACAGCUGCCCAUUGAUAUAGUGUGAUAGAAUGAAAUGCGCCUUAAUAAUAACAAAAUAAUAAUACAGCAUCAUCAUGUGUACCAGUAAGCAAUAUGCUAUUAAUUUAUCUAAAUGUUGAUAAUACGAUCUGUGUUCUCUAUUGAUGUCUGUUUGAUCUGAGUUUGAUUGGUUAUACCUAGAAAUUCCUAAAGGCGCAUGCCAUGUUUGUUUUGUGAAAAUACUUAUUACAGGUGACUUGAAGCCGAAUCAUUUGAAUCAAGGACCAUUUGUCACGAGAAUUUCUAUCUCUAAUUAAUCAAACUUAAU